AUGGAGGUUGACUCUACAAUUAAAGCCUGCAGUAGCUCAGCACAACCUUUCGCAAGUACACCAGGAAAUCACUUAUAUAAAUUAUAUGCCAUUUCAACUUCACCAGCAAGGAAACCACUCUUCAAAUCACAAGAUAGCAGGAGUUAUGAACGUAAAAUGUUGUUACUAUUAUCAGAAAAAAGGAAAGGUUCGCUUCAAGAAGAAGUACUUAUGACAGGUUUAGAGGUACACGAGUAUUAUAUGAUCAAAGAAGAAACAUUAAAUAUAUAUAUUUCAAAGGUUGACACUACUGGAUGCACACCUAGUCCAAACAUCAAAAAUGUUAGAGCGACCAAACAGCUAAUUUCUUCAUAUAUUAAUUAUCAUCUGGAAGAAAGAAUCCAUAAACACGUUAAUAUCCACGUAUUUGCUAGGUCUCAACCACAAUACUUAUUCACCAAAUCAUCAGAAAAUCCAACGAAACAUGUGUUAAGUGAUGUGGAUUUAUUAAAGUGGUGGAAAAAGGUUCUAGAACAAACAUUUUCAACCACAAACAAUAGUUUGCAUGGCAUAAAAAAAUGGUAUUAUGUUCCUGGAAAUAUAUCCGAAUCAAAAGUGAGAUUACUUUAUAGGGACGGUAAAGAUUGGAUUUACGGAUAUCCUUACGAUAAUGAGAGUAAAGCUAACGAUGUUAUACCAAAAUUUGAUGAUGAUGCCAAAGCCAGAUGGUUAAACCAUUUAGACAAUAAUGAUGACAUUGAUGAGAUUGAUAAUACCACGGUUAAAGAAUUUUGGGAGAUGAUUAGUAUUGGUAGCGAAUUUUCUUGUGGAAAAGUUGCGGGAUUUUUUUGGAUACAUAUUGAAUGUUUGACGAGAAAGGAUUUAAAAGAUGAAGGAUAUGAGUCUCUUUUAUUGAAGAAUUUAACGACAAAUGUUGGUGGUAUUGUGUUUGAUGAACAAGAAUUUAUAGAUGUUAUACAAAAAUUCUUUGAUUUAGAUUUUUGUAACGAAGAAUUUGCUUUUAAAGCAAGUAAAUAUUGGUGUAAAAAUUUUAAUGAUUCGUGUACUCAAAAAGGAAUUAAUGACGGUGUUUUAGAAUUCGUGGUUGGACUACCACAAAAUGAACCCGAAGAAUUGUCAACCCAAGGAAGUGUUAUCGCCAAGAGAAAAUGCACAGUUAUUGAAAAUGACGAUUCGAAUUCCAUAUCAAAUGACGCUUCAACUAAUAAGGUUAACGUGUUGUCACCCUCUCUUAUUAAACGAGUUAAAAAAUGA